UGAAAGUGCAGUCGGAUUCUCUAAAGUACCGCAGUCUCUUCUCCUAAAUCCUUUUGGAUUCUCCUAUCCACUAUCCCUUAACCCCGUGACGUUCCACUCAGAUGUCAAGGAAUAGGAGAUAUGGUUAGUACUUAGGAGCUGAUUUUUGGACUAUUCGACUGUAACCGGGUUAUUUUAGGGGACAUACUUCCGCUCCCUCCUCAGAAGCAAUCCAGACGAUCCUCUGUUUAUUUCACGCUGCUGCACUUUUCUACAGAUUUAUUUAUUGUUGCUGUGGUACCCAAGCUUUUGGGACAAGUAACAUAAACAAGAGCAGGCGGAGCAGAGCUUGUUUCUAUUCAGUGAAAGUGAAACGGACAUUUGCUUACACAGAGAGGUGAAAUGGCGCAGCAAGAAAAUCGGCUUGACCAAAAGAUAGUCAGCUGUUCGAUCUGUCUGGAUCUACUGAAGGAACCGGUGACUAUUCCCUGUGGACACAACUAUUGCAUGAACUGUAUUAAAAGUCACUGGAAUGGAGAGGAUGAGAAUCGAAUCUACAGCUGCCCAGUGUGUAGACAGACCUUUGCACCAAGGCCUGUCCUGGUGAAAAAUACCAUGCUAGAAGAGUUAGUGGAGGAGCUGAAGAAAUCUGGACUCCAAGCUGCUCCUGCUGAUCACUGCUAUGCUGGAGAUGAAGAUGUGGCCUGUGAUUGCUGUACUGGCAGAAAACUGAAAGCCUUGGAGUCCUGUCUGCAGUGUGUGGCCUCAUACUGUGAGAAACACCUCCAGCCUCAUUAUGAAUCACCUGCCUUUAAGAAACACAAGCUGGUGGAGCCCUCCAAGAAGCUCCAGGAGAGCAUGUGCUCUCGCCAUGAGGAGGUGAAGAAGCUGUUCUGCCGCACUGAUCAGCAGUGUAUCUGUUAUCUCUGCCCUAUGGAUGACCAUAAAGGUCACAAGACAGUUUUGGCUGCAGCAGAAAGGACUGAGAGGCAGAGAGAGCUGGAAGGGAGUCGACAAAACAUCCAGCAGGGAAUCCAGGACAGAGAGAAGGAGGUGAAGCUGCUUCAGCAGGAGGUGGAGGCCAUCAAUGGCUCUGCUGAUAAAGCAGUGGAGGACAGUGAGAAGAUGUUCACUGAGCUGAUCCGUCUCAUGGAGAAGAGAAGCUCUGAUGUGAAGCAGCAGGUCAGAUCCAAGCAGGAAACUGAAGUGAGUCGAGUCAGAGAUCUUCAGGAGAAGCUGGAGCAGGAGAUCAGGGAGCUGAAGAGGAGAGACGCUGAGCUGCAGAAGCUCUCUCACGCAGAGGAUCACACCCACUUUCUGCUCAACUACCCCUCUCUGUUACCUCUCAGUGUUUCCAAACACUCAUCCAGCAUCAAAGUCCGUCCUCUGCGCUACUUUCAGGACGUGACGGCGGCUGUGUCAGAAGUCAGAGAUAAACUACAGGACGUCCUGAAGAAGAUGUGGACAAACAUCUCACUGAUGGUGAGUGAAGUGGACGUUUUACUGCCUCCACCAGAGCCAAAGACCAGAGCUGAAUUCUUAAAAUAUUCACGUGACAUCACUCUGGAUCCAAACACUGCAAACACACAGCUGCUAUUAACUGAGGAGGGCAGGAAAGCAACAUUCACGAGUCAACAUCAGAUAUAUUCAAGUCACCCAGACAGAUUCAUGAAAUGGCCUCAGGUCCUGAGUAAAGAAAGUCUGACUGGACGUUGUUACUGGGAAGUGGAGUUGAGAGGGUGGGGAGUUUGUGCAGCAGUGGCAUACAAGAACAUCAUCAGAGGAGGAAGUUCAGAUAAAUGUUUGUUUGGAUACAAUGAUAAAUCUUGGACGUUAUAUUCUGACAUUAACAAUUAUAGCUUUUGGUUCAACAACAUCAAAACUCCCGUCUCAGGUCCUCGGUCCUCCAGAGUUGGAGUGUAUCUGGAUCACGAUGGAGGUAUUCUGUCCUUCUACAGCGUCUCUGAAACCAUGACUCUCCUCCACAGAGUCCUGACCACUUUCACUCAGCCGCUCCACGCUGGACUUCGGUUUGAUUUAGUAUAUUUUGGUGGCACUGCUGAGUUCUGCAACCUCAAGUUGACAGAAGUAGUUUAAGUCCAGCUCAGUCGGCAUGUCAAAUGUUGGCAUUCUACACUUCUGCAAACCCUGCAUACGUUGAGUUUCAACAUUUUAGAUUUUGAUAGUGCAAUGAUGUUAAGUCAAUUAACUUUUGGGUAAAAUAACUACCGAGGUACUGAAGUACGAAGAAGUAUUGUGUUUGGUGUUCCUGCAAGAAUGAAACUCUGCUGAUUUUAGAACAUAUUUUUGGCUCAGAAACUUUAUAAUAUUUAUAAACUUUUACAAUCAAUAAGGAGAUGAUUCAUUAUUUUCUUUUUCUCGCUGGGGUUCUGCUCAAACAAAGUGAUUGUGUGGAUCACAUUAUUGCAUUUUUAUAGACUUACUUAUGGGAUGUGUGAACAAACUUGACAGGAUGAAUAAGAUAAGAUAACAUGGAUAUAUAACAUAUAUAUACUUUUAGAUUUGCAGGUACCAGUGCGAGUGAAAGUGUUAUGUGCAUACAGUGCAACUAUUAUUGAUUAUUAAACAAAAGGAACAAAGUAUUGCCUUCUUGUCUUUAUUUAGGGAAUCCUUUGAGGCUGAUUGAGAACAUGUGAAGCUAAUAUGAGAGUUGCACUGAAGCACCUUUCCUCCUGAAACACCAUCAAGUGCAGUGUUCAUGCUGAGAGCUUUGUUUCUGUCCUGCUGGAUAUCUUUAUAUGUCAAUAUAUAUGUCUAUAUAUAUGUCAAUAUAUGUCAAUAUAUGUCAAUGUGUCUAAUCCCAAUGUGUAUGAAAUAAUACUCUGAAUCUGUAAAGUGCCUAUAGCUGUUUAAUAAAUGUAAUGAGUAUAAAGAAGAA